AAGGCCGGCGCGGGGCGGGGUCGGAGGUGGGACCGGGCGGAGGGGAGGCGGGGCCGCGCCUGCAGGGGGAAUCCCUCCUGGGCUUGACGUCACCUGGGCGCUGACCAAUGAGAAGCCGGGAGGGGGAUUCCCGCUCUGGGGGCCGCCGAGCCGGCUUUUUAAAGGGUACCCCCGGGACCAGUCCUCCUGAUGGGGCGAAAGACUCGGAGAAAGUAGAGGUAGGUGGUGAAGUAUGAUGGUCCUGGGGGAGGAGAUUCUAGGGGUUUAACGAUUGGAUGUUAAAUCUGACUGAGCCCUGGAGUGAAAACCUGAAAAGGUCGGAGGAGAAGCUACGCUCCAGGUACAACUACGCCAGGCAGAGAUGGAGUGGAAACUGGAGCGCACCGCCCGGCGGAGGAUCCGGACCGAAGAAGAGAUGCUGUGGGAGAAUAUUAUGCGGGUGCUUGCCCACAACAUGAAGCAACAGAGAAGUCGAAGUUCCCCCAAGGUAUUUGAUUCAGUUACCACCCCGUACUCUAACUUCAAAGAGAACAUUGUGAAGAGGCUGUCAGCUGAAGUGCCUAUAGCCAGUAGCCCACUUACCACAAGAUGGCAGCAGAGUCAAAGCAAGGAUUUGGAAACCUAUUCCUUUGGGGAUGAGUAUUCAGUCACCGACAUCUCACAAUCCGUGGGAACAGUGCUGAAGAUAAUACCUGAGCAAGGCACCUUGACUCUAGGAUCUCACAAAGAACCACUGAAGACUCCUGUCAAAGGCAGCUCUGAAUCAAAUAACUCUUCCCUGCAAUUUUGCAAGGCAUCUCAUGCACUGGAGAGAGGUGGGAAGGAAAAUGUUGCCUCCAAAGGCCAGAAAUGCCUAAACCAGCUGUUUUCAGCCCAGAAAGUGAUCCAGCAAAUUAAUGGGAAAAUGCAGCUUUGCCAGGAAUCCCAAUGUGUUUGGAAAGGCUGCAGAGAUGGAGUCAGAGAUAAAUCUUUCCACCUUAAAAAGCUCAGAGAUGUGAAUUAUCCCAUAUGGCAACCAGAGGUGAAGAUUCAUCUUACUGGGCUUCGAAAUGACUACUAUCUGAAUAUUCUAGACUGGAGUUUUCAAAAUCUUGUUGCUGUUGCCCUUGGAUCUGCUGUAUACAUCUGGAAUGGGGAAAACCACAAUGGAGUUGAAAAGAUAGACUUAAGUCUCACUUGUAAUUAUGUGUCUUCUGUGUCCUGGAUAAAAAAGGGAACAUGCUUGGCAAUUGGCACCAGCGAGGGAGAAGUACAAUUAUGGGAUGUGGUGGCUAAAAAACGGCUGAGAAGUAUGCAGGGUCACUUGUCAGUAGUUGGGUCACUGAGCUGGAAUCACUACAUCCUUAGCAGUGGGUCAAGACUGGGCCGCGUUUAUCAUCACGAUGUUCGUGCAGCCCAGCAUCAAGUUGGAACACUUUGUCACAGGAAAGCUGUGUGUGCUUUGAAGUGGUCACCAGAUGGUAGGCUGUUCUCCACUGGUUGCAGUGAUGGUCUGCUGACAUUAUGGCCCCAUGAUCCAGGAACCCAUGCACAGGGCCAGCCACUAAAAGUCAUAUCUCACCUUACAGCUGUUAAGGCUAUAGAUUGGUGUCCCUGGCAGUCUGAGGUUCUUGCUAUUGGAGGUGGAAUGAAGGAUGGAUGCCUGCACAUUUUGGAUAUAAGUAGUGGGAAGAGCCUUCAGACUCCAAGCAUAAACUCACAGAUUUGUUCCUUAAUCUGGUUACCUAAGACAAAGGAGAUUGCAACAGGCCAAGGUGCACCACAAAAUGAUGUGACUCUGUGGUCUUGUCCCACUCUGUCCAGGGCCAGUGUGUUUCUGGGCCACAGAGGCAGAGUGCUGCACUUGGCUUUGAGUCCGGACCAGACUCGGGUGUUUUCUGCUGCGGCCGAUGGAACAGCCUGUGUAUGGAAGUGCCACCAGUCACCAAGCUCCUCCUAGUUUCAUUCCUAAGAGAGGAUAAUGAUAUCAGCUUUUCUUUUCUAUAUGAUAUUAAGUAUUGAACAUGAUACAGUGCUCUUCCUAAUGUGAGUGACUGCUCUUUGACCUGUUUUCUCAGGCUACUUUAUUCAUUGCAGAUGUGUAUUUCCCAAAGAUUGUCUUUGACUUCUUUUCUUCUAUAUACUUCCUCUUUUUCCCUCUUUCCUCUACCUCCUCCUCUUCUGCCUUCUGCUCUCUUUUUAUUUUAUUAUUUAUUUAUUUUAAAGAGAAUAAAACAAAGCAAAAAAAUCAGAAUAAAGCAAAUCAGAACAAAACUAUGCAAGCAAUAGAGGACAUCAAAACAAGACAACAGGAAAUCAGCAAUGGCUAACAUAAUAGCUCUCGUUUUCUUCAAAAUAGCUGUUCAUACCAUCACACAAUAAAAUCAAACAAGACAAAACAGAACAAAACUAAUCAAAACAAAAGAAUGAAAGCAUUACAGGACUUCAAAACAAGAUAAUGGGAAAUCAACAAUUGUUAUGAUAAUAUAUCCCAUUAUCUUCAAAACAGAUGCCAGUACUAUCAGACACAGUAAAAUCUAACAAAGAAAGACAGAAUAAAACCAAACCUAACAAAAUGAUGAAAAUGAUACAAGAAUUCAAAGCAGGAUAAUAAGAAUUAACAGUGAUUACCACUUUCUCUUUUUAGGCAUUUCCUUCCCUACCACUUUCAUAAUGUCUAUUAUGCUUUUUGGAGCCCACUAACUCCUGUUUUCUAUGCUAGAGAGAGAAUUUGGUGUUUAUCCAUAUGGGCCCAACCCAUUUGACCUAUGAGUAUGAUCUCCAGCUGCAUCCAUUUACCUACAAGAGCCUUGAGAUUACCCUCCUUUAUACCUGGGUAGCUUUCCAUUGUAUGAAAACACCAUGUCUUUCUUAUCCAUUCUGCAGCUGAUGAGCAAGUUACCCUUGCUUUUUUCUGACCUGUCACGUGGAACAAUUGUUUUCUCUCUUUUGAUUUUUAGUCUAUGAAUUUCCUUUCCAAUUAAAUAUGUUUCUUAUACAGUACAUUGAUGGAUCUUGUUUCUUGAUCUACUCUCCCUGUGUUUUUUAAAUUGGUGAACUGAGACCAUCUAUAUUAAUAGUUACAAAGGGCAUGCAUUGAUUUCAUCUCUGCAAUGCUAUACUCUUGCUAUUUGCCCUCUACUUUUCCCUUUUGUUCAAUUGUCUGUCUUGUUUGGCUGUCCUCCUAUGCUACCAUUCCUGACACCAUGGCUAUCUUUUAUCCCUCUCUAGAAUAUCUUUCACCAUGCUCUAGGGUUGGUUUGGUGGUCAUGAAUUCCUUCAGUUGUUCUUUAUCAUGGAAGUAUCUUAUUUUUCCACCAAUUUUGAAAGGUACAUCAAUCUAGGUUGCAAGUUGUUUUCUUUCAGAUUUGAAACACUUAAACUCUUCUUGAUGGUUUGUGUUGACAAGUCUGCAGUGAUUCUGACUGGCUUUCCCUUAUUGGUGAUCUAUUUUUUUCUCUAACAGCUUUUAAUAUUCUGUUCUUGUGCUGAAUUUCUAGGAUCUUGAUUAUUAUAUGUCUGGGUGUAUAUUUAUUUUGGUUAUGGCUAUAGAGUCCUAUAUGCCUCGUUUAUCUUAUGCCGGAUCCCUUUCUCAUGUUUGGGAAGUUUUCUGCUAUUACUUCUGUCAAUAGUCUUUUGUUUCAUUUGUGUUUACCCCUGCUGAUAUCUUUGUGUUGACCCUCUUUGCUGAUACCUAUCACUCAAAUUAUUUUUCUUUGUAUUGUCUUGAAGCCAUUCAAUUGUUAUUUCCUAGUUACUUGUUAUUUUUAAGAGAUCUUUCCUUUCAUGAUUGUGAUCUGUGAUUCUGUCUUCAAGGUGUAAAAGUCUACUUUCAGUCUCUUUCAAACAGUUUUGUCAGCUUUCAAUUGACUUUUAUAUUUCCUGGAUAUGUCUUUGAAUUUAUUUCAUGCACUGUAAUUCAUUUCUAUAUUGUUCAUUCAAGGUUUCAAACAUUUUUCUAUGCUCUUGUUUUUAAUCUAUGUCUUUUUUAGAUAUGCUCAGCAAUUAUAUUUCAUUAUGUUUGUGAUUUCUUCUUUUAACUGACAUUAUUUCUGAUGUAAUUAUUUUUACAGUCUCAUGAAGUUGUUUUUUUUUUUCUUCAACUGCUAUCCUCUUAAAGUUUUCAGGUGUGCAACUUCCAUUUUCUAUCAUGACUAUAUCUCCCAGACUUGUUCUGUGUGGGCUAGAGUUCUGAGAUUGCCUUUUAUUCCUUUGUCUUGACAUUUUCCUGAGUUGGUCCCACUAAGCCGGUUGUGGAGUCCCAGUCACUUCCAUUGUUGGCUGCCCCUUUGUGGUAUAGGGGUAUGGAACAGGCACCUGGGUUUCUCUGAACCCAGGUUACCCUGGAGGUAGCAGGACAUAGGGUGGGCUCCUCCAGACCUGAGCAGCUACCCUGAGGCUUCACAAAUGCCAGGGUUGCAUGGUGGUGGGGCUACUUGUUUCCUCAACCUGUGUGUCUACACUGUGAUUCCCCUGAUGGUAGCAGGCACACAGGGCUAUGUUUGUCUGAUUCUCCAAAGGAAGCCAGGGUUUCCACUGGUGGCCUGUGGGCACACUGGGUGCCUCUGGUUGUGUCUCUCUGCCCACACUAGCUGCUCACAGGAAGAAGGGGUUCUGAUCUCUGUUUUUAUUUCUAAGGAUUCAUUUUCAUGGUUUUAUCAGAAUAACAUCUAUAGCAAAGAUUUCUAAAUACUUCUUUCCCAUUUGAUUCUUCUAAUUUCUAACCUCAUAUUUCUGUCUUUGGAUAUUUCCUUUUUCAGACCCUUUACUAUCUUUAGCUUAAACUCAGUAUGUUGAAAACACAACUCAUUCAGUUCAGAGACACUCACUAAAGUCCUCUUAUAUGCUAUAUGCUCUAUAAGCAUGCUUAUUCUUUACUCUUAAAAUGAACUAUUCUGUAGGUUCCUGUUCUCCUCUGUCUUAGUCUAUUUUCUGCUUCUAUAAUGGAACAGCUGAGACUGGGUAGGAUACAAACAAAAAUUUAAGAGCUCAUGAUUCUGGAGGCUGAGAUGUCCAAAAAGCAUGAUAUUGACAUCUGGUAGGGGCCUUUGUGAUAUGCCAUCAUGUGGCAGAAGGCUUUAGGACAAGAGUCAAAGAGUGUGAAAGGGAAUCUUUUUUUUUUUAAUAACAAAUCUGCUUUCAUGAUAACUAACCUACUCCAUGAUAAUUACAUUAAUCCACUCAUGGAUUUUUUUGGGGGGAUUAAUCUUUAUCUUCCACUACUAUUGAGUGGAAAUUAAGUUUUUAACACAUGAACUUUGGGAGCAAAUUUGAACUACUGCACCCUCUUAAUGGAUUCAUCCUUAUUCUGUACAUUAUGCUUCCUGAGUGCUGUACCCCGUACUUCCUCGAUUUACUCCUUAUUUUAUCUAGGCAUGUCUGGAUGCAUAAUGGCCAGUCUGUUGCAAAUUUUAAUUAAUUCUCUUAUCUGUAGUCUGCUUGAGUCUUCGCACUACUGCUAGGUUACACUUCUGAAAGCACUAUGUUAACGCCUUCAGUCUCCUGCUCAUAAAUCCUCAGUGAGAAUCUAUUUCUUAAACCCCUGGGCGUCAGCCUCUGGAGUCCUCAUCCAAGAUGAAGUUGAGGCUCCUAUUCAUUUCACAGCUCCACAUUAAACAGACCAUGUGACCUUGGAUGUGUUGCAACAUCUUCAAGAAUAUCAUUUGUGUUAAGGCUACUCAAAUUUGCUCAGUCUAUUGUUCUAUCUGUUUAAUACUAAUUCACACUCAUUAUAUACAUUAAUUCUUGGCUAAAUGUUUUGAUUUUCUCCCUUGGCAUGUUUUGAGGAGAUUUUCCUCGAGCCUCGAAUUCUUGUUCCUUUUUCCCUUUAUUUAUACGUCUAUAUAAAUCUUAGCCUCUCCACGAAGUAUUUAAAAAUGAUGCUACUUGGGUUUGAUGUUUUGCCAUUUGUCUGUACUAGCUAUUUGAUACUAAUGUGUAAUACUAGAUGUUUUCUAAAUCUUGUAUUUCUAUGAGAAUAAUUGAUUACUUUAGUCUUAGUAUGCUUAUUUAUUCCUUGGACAAUUCCAUUGAGGUGAUAAGGAAGCAUAGGUUAGAUAUUUUGGUGCUCCUUAAAAUGUUAUUAUGUAAUGUGGGCUGGGAAGAGAACCAAGAAGUUAGCGGGCCCUUUCUGUGAGCCAGCAAGAAAACCAAGAGGUCAGCCUUCCUAUGAGCCAGCUGGUAUUUUGCCUGGGAGAUAAGAUCCCACUCCACCUCAUAGGCAACCGGCUGAUUGGGAGCAACAUGACUGGGAUGAUAACAACUGAUGUACAAAAACAACUUAAUGCUUAUGUUGACUGAUUGACUGCAGGACUGGGACUGGUAGUUUGAACAUCUGUUUAGAGAUUAACAAUACACAAGACAGCAACUGUGGAGGAUUUCCUCCUGUGUUGUUUUUGAAAUCCAAUAUUGUUCUCUCUGUUUUGUUCCAUUGUAUUGUUUUGUUUUGUUCCUUUAAAAGAGAAUGUUAUUAUGUAUGUCCCAGCUAAGUAAUAUUGAUUGAUUGAUUUGCUUUAUCAUUAAACAUAAAAAACAAUGUGUAUGCUCUCCUUUAUCUCUUCAAAAUUCAUAAAUUAUGGUAAAAGUGGGAUAAAGAGGUAAAAGUGGGAUAAAGAGGUAUGGUAAAAGAGGAAUUAAGACUUCCCUGACAAAUUAGUAUUAAUUUGCCAAGAAGUUAUUCUCUUAUUUUUAUCUCAGAAAAUGUUUUUGAUGCUAGGAAUUAUUUUCUGAGAAAUCUUUGGGUCCCUAAAUACUUCAAAUGUCAUGUAUUUUACAGGGCACACUCUUUUUUUUUUUUUAAGUUAAUAGUUUUUUUUUUUUUUUUUUUUUUUUUUGUGGUGCCAAGGGUUGAAUCUAGGGUCUUACACCUGCUAGCUGAACCCUCUACCAUGACCCAGUGGAAGCUAAUAGUUUUAACAUGACCAUCUUAAUUAGCUGGUAUGAUGUAUAAGAAAAUGUUUGUCUGGAGAAUGAGCAAAAUGAUUAGGUAAUAUCCAGUACUCCAUGUCGUUCCAUUUCUGAGUGUGUCACAUGAUCACAUCUUAAAAUGGCUGCUGGGCUGAGAUGAUAGAAUCUGAAGUGAAAACCAGCUCAAUGCUUGUAUUGUUUGAUUGGCUUUGCAGAUCUAAAACCAGCAGUCUGAGCAUCUAUUUGGAGGAUAGCACAGUGUAAUAUAUCAACUAUGGGGAAUUUCCUUUUGUCUCAUUCUUGAAAUCCAAUAUUGUCCUCAAUGUUUCGUUUUGUUCAGUUUUAUUGUUUUGUUUUAUCCACUUUAAAAUAAAAAAACUUUAAACAGCU